GCGGCCACUGAUAGCGCUACAGGGGGUGGUAUCACCGGUGGAGGGGGUAUCAGGUUACUAGGGGCUGCCGCUGCAAUAGUUACACCGCCUCCCUCUACCCCCCGGAGUAACACGCAGCGGAGAGCCCACUCCGGCUCCCAGUGGUCCUCCGCACACCAUACACUUCCCUGUCCCGGUCACAUAGCCGUAUUGCCCCGGCCGGCGGGACAGCAGCAGCGGGAGAUACAGUAACACAGGGGAGCUCCCACUCUUCUCUCCGCCCGCACUGGGCGCUCAGGCUCCGUCCCAGGCAGCAGCUGAUUGCAGCAUCCAGACCCCGGUUGCCCGGUGCUGCACUGAGGUGUCCCGGCGCCUGUACCUGUGUGAGCCAUGCAUGGCGCUGGCAGAACGAUGUGACCGGCGUCCUCCUCACUGCGCCACCUCCGUAGCACAUCGCGCCGCAGCCGGCAGCGAGAGAAGUGACGUAUCAGCAUAACCUGCUGCUCAGUUGGGAACAAAACGUACAAGAAAAACAAGGCUGGUGAUUACCAAACAGACAGAGGUGUCUUUGAAACAUUACUCAUAAUGUAGAAUAUCCAGUGUUCAACAUUCGCAUCUUUCCGCACCUGUGUGCUAAACCCCAUGAGUCCACCUCCGCCUGCCACUGCCCAUGCUGGGCUCCAGAGAAUGGGGAGCGGUAGCUCCACUUGUGGCACAACCAACUCUCUGAUCAAAGUCUGCAGAGAUCACAAGGGGGGAAUCAAUUGGCUUAGUUUGAGCCCAGAUGGGUGCCACCUCCUGACUGCCAGUGAGGACUGCACUGCACGCUUGUGGAGAACAUCUGAUAACCAGUGCUGCAGGUUGCUGCAAGGACAUGGCAGCUACAUCACCUUUUGUCACUUGGAGAAUGAGUCGGCUUUCACAUGCAGCGCUGAUCACACUGUGAGAAAAUGGGAGGUAUCGACGGGACAGUGUCUGGCUGUGUACACAGGGCAUACGUCCAUUGUUAACAGGAUACUGGUGACCAGGAACUUAUUAUUUAGUGGAUCUUAUGACCGUACGGCUCGAUGCUGGGACAUUGACUCUAGCAGACCCCUUCAGGAGUUUCAGGGCCACAGAAACUGUGUCCUGGUUCUAGCACAUUUUUCAUCCAGUGAUAUCCUGCAGCCAACAGACAUAGAAGGGGAAGAAGUGAAGGAAUUCCUGGUAACUGGAAGUACAGACUGCACAGUGAAAAUCUGGGAAGCAUUCAGUGGCUACUGUUACCAAACAUUAAGGGGGCAUUUAGGGGCCAUACUGUGUAUUGUUCUGGAUGCCCCCAACAGGGAGCUGUUUUCAGGCAGCAUGGACUACACUAUCAGGAGAUGGAACAUGGUCACUGGGGACCAGCUUAAAGUAUUCAAAGAUCAUCAAGGAUCUGUCAUCUGCCUAGAGAUGGUUGGACGACAUUUAUAUUCUGGGAGUGUGGACCGGACGGCAAAAUGCUGGUUGUCUGACACUGGUGAAUGUGCCCGGACCUACAAAUCUCACAAACACAGCGUUAGCACUUUGAAAUACCAUGCCGGGACAUUGUUUACAGGAAGCGGUGAUGCCUGUGCCAGGGCAUUUAAUACAAAAUCAGGAGCCCUGCAACAAGUCUUCCAAGGACACGCUUUUAUCAUUAACUGCAUUCAGAUACAUAACAAUGUUUUAUAUACGGCAUCCCAUGAUGGAGCUCUCAGAGUCUGGGAUAUAAAAGGGAUCUGUGCACAGAGUAAGCACCAGAAGAGGUCCUCUCUGCGGAGCAAACACUCUCAGAAGGGGAGCUUGCCUCACCUCUUUCACAAUAAAGUGGGGUGUUCAAUAGAGGCCAACGUAGACUGUGACCCUGCAGAGCUGAUGUGAAGAAGGCUUCCUGCAACACACACAUUAGCUGGAAAUAUUCUACUUUCUGCGUAUCGCUAGCAACAGCAAAUCACAGUAUUUGUGAUGGGAUUUGCAGGUAGUGUGUUUUAUACCUGCCUAAUAAAUACAAAUAAUUAUACGAUUCCAUUGAGAUUAAAUGGAAUGUUGACUUUUUGUAAUGGAUCCACUUUAAGGCAAUGGGAUGUCACUUACAUGAUUAUUUUGUGAUUUGUCAUGUUACUAGCAGCUAAUGAAAGCAACGAGGCUACAGUAUAUUGGUCAAGUCCACAAAGUAUCUGGCACUGCUGUGAAUAGGUGAUCAGACCACUAGAUUGGCCUUCCCAAAUAAACUACCUUUAUGUGACCAUGAGAGAUGGAGCUUUUCCCUUGAUGUCACUUGAGAUGUUGCUGACAGAUAUUAAAAUGUAUGAUUAAUGUUA